AUUGAUACCACGGAAUUGAUACCAUUGAUACCGACAGCAUACGUAGUGUACGUAGUGUUGCGCGAUAUCGGGCACAGCAACAUCGUCUCAAAUCGUGACGACGGCGCUCAAGAAUAACGUGCACCUCGCCAUCGAAACCACCCGAUCGACUCUCCUUGGUUCGACAAUCCCAGAUACCGCUAAAGUAUGGCGGGAGCGGCGAAAGCCAUCAAAGUCGGCAUCAUCGGAGGCAGUGGGCUCGACAACCCGGACCUCCUGGAAAACCGGCAGGAGCACAGAGUGACCACGCCAUUCGGAGAGCCCUCUGACGUUCUUAUAAGCGGACGGAUUGGUGAUGUCAACUGUGUGCUGCUGGCAAGGCAUGGCCGCCAGCACUCGGUGAUGCCGUCCAAAGUCAACUACCGGGCCAACAUCUGGGCGCUCAAGGAAAUAGGCUGCACGCACGUCGUCGCCACUACCGCCUGUGGCUCCCUGUGCGAAAAUAUGAGGCCGGGCGAAAUUGUUAUUCUCGACCAGUUCCUAGACAGGACGACCAAGCGGGCAUCGACCUUCUACGAUGGCGAAAAGGACUCCCCAAAGGGUGUCUGCCACAUCUCGGCUGCAAUACCUUUCCACGAGGGUCUUCGCCAGGUUCUGAUUGAGACUGUGCGAGCCAUGAAGAUCCCGCACCACGAUAAGGGCACGAUGGUGACCAUCGAGGGACCGCGUUUCUCGACCCGCGUCGAGAGCUGCCUCUUCCGCUCCUGGAACUGUCACGUCAUCAACAUGACCACCGUGCCUGAGGUGGUACUGGCCAAGGAAGCUGGCCUGCUGUAUGCCUCCAUUGCCCUGGUGACAGACUACGACAGCUGGCGAAUGGACGUGCAGCAUGUGGACGUGGAAGCAGUGCUAGAGACGUUGAAGCGCAACAGCACCGUGGCCUUAGAAGUCCUGCGUGCUGCGCUGCCCAACAUUGCUGCCAUCGACUGGAGUGCUGCCAUAAAGGAGGCACAGGACGAGGCCGAUCGGGCGGUGAUGAAGUGAAGCGGGCAGACUCGUUUCGUUGUUCAUAUAUAUAUAUAUGUAUAUCUUUUUUUUGGUUAUUGCGUGACACACAACAAUGCUAAUCUGUACACUGCUAGACAAAUAAAACAGAUGGAAUGUGGGACCCCAA